AUGGAAAAAAUUAAUAACUUCAAACUCGAUACAAAUUUCUGUGAACCAUAUUCAAGCAUUAGCCGCUUUUUCUCCAAGAUACGCUUAUCGAAAUGGAAUCAAAUUGAUCGCUUUACAAAGUUUAUUUAUGACAUGAAUCCUAAUAUAUCAUCACAAAAAAUAUUGGAUAUUUAUAACCGAAGUCUUAAUAACAUUCUUACAAUCCAAGGAAUCAAUCGCAAGGUCGUUCUUUAUACCCGCAAGAUUUAUGAACAGGAAGAUCAAGCAAAGCGCCUGAAAACUAUUGGGGAUACAUUAAUCAAGAUACAAAGAGCCACCAUCAUCAAUAAAACACGAAGUUAUUUCCAAAUAGCAAAAAAACAAGAUCAUAUGAAUCGGAAAGAUAAUAUUUACAUCGAUUGGGAUGACGAGAAUGUCAAUAUAAAUAGAAAUAAUGCAUUAAUCCAACCGAAUGAUUUUGGUGAGACCAUUAAUGAUCAUAAAAACAAACAUCAAACAAUAAAUACAAAUGAACCAUCAGAAAUAUCAUUUAAUUCAGAGGUCUCAGUUUACACAAAUAAUACCGAUAAGAACGUGAAUUAUCAUAAAAACAAACGUCGAGCAGGAGACGAAAUAGAAUCAUCCGAUUUAGAGUUUAAUAACUUGGAUGAAAUCGGCAGUUUUUUCCAAUCAAGUUCUUCUAGACAAGGAUCAGGCAACGAUUUUUUGCAAAAUUUGCAAAAAUCAAAGUUAGAUAAGAAAAAAAUAAAUCCAUCCUUUGUCUCUAGUAAUCAAAGCAAAGAGGAAAAGUCAUUUGAAUACGAAGAUUUUGAAAAUGAAGAUUCAGAAUCGGUUGAUAAAAACCAUGCAAAACCCGCACCAUUAUUACUUUCAUUAAAUAGAAAGUACUUUAUGGAAUUUUAUGCGAAAAUGAAUAAAUCUAAGAAGUGGAUAUUGCCUUCGGGCACAUGUGUUGAAGAUGUCCUUUUUCAUGAGGGAAUCUCUUUGUCAACCGAGUCUCUUAUUCAUUCCUGGACAAUUGAUUUAAGUGAUUUGGAAACAAAAAAAUUAUUUACUGACGAAGAUUGGUGCGAAAUUGAAAAGACAGUAUACAAACAACCUUUAAUUGAUGAAAAUGUUGCAAAGACGUUAUCAAGAUUUAGAAAUAUUAGGGAAACUGCUGAUCUAAGAACAGUAUUAGACACCACUUCUUAUAAGGAUAAAAAUGAACCAUUCGAACAAGAAAAGCACUUUGAUGCUGAAUGGAUUGAACAUGUAAUGAGGCAUCUGCUUAUAUAUUAUGAAAACUCAGAUCAGCCACUUCAAAUGAAACAUUUAGAAGGUUGGUACGAUGCAAACAUUUGGUCAGUGGUGAUCGAUUUUGCUUUUAAUAAUGUCAAAGGCCUAGAAAUAAGCAGAAAAGAUCCGCACAGUAUUUCCGUAGCAAAAAGAAAGAAUCGUAAGAGAAGGUUAAAGGAAAGGGUCAAAAUAGGACGAAAACUUGAUGGAAUAUUUAAGACUUAUGAUGGCAUAGAGUACGGUGCAAUAGAGGUGCAAAGCCCUUUUACUCAAAUUAAUUCACUUGAACAGUGUAAAGAUGGUUUUAAGCUCGGAAAGUCAAUACACAAUAUGCUCGCAUGUUUAGCUCAAGCAAUAAACUUUAAUGAAGAAAAGGUUCGACAAUUACAAGUUGUUGGACUCCAACAUUCAG